AUGGACAAUGCAAGAAUGAGUUCCUUCCUGGACUAUCCCAUCCUUGGCAGUGGCGACUCUGGGACCUGCUCGGCGCGAGCCUACCCCUCCGACCCUGGGAUUACAACUUUUCAGUCCUGUGCCGUCAGUGCCAACAGCUGCGGCAGCGACGACCGCUUCCUGGUGGGCAGAGGGGUGCAGAUCAGCUCGCCCCACCACCACCAUCACCACCACCACCACCCCCAGCCGGCUACUUACCAGACUUCUGCGAACCUUGGGGUUUCCUACUCGCACUCGAGUUGUGGUCCUGGCUAUGGCGCGCAGAACUUCGGCGCGCCUUAUGGCCCCUAUGGAUUGAAUCAGGAAGCAGACGUAAGUGCUGGGUACCCCCCGUGCGCUCCCGCUGUUUACUCUGGAAACCUCUCAUCUCCCAUGGUCCAGCCUCACCACCACCACCAGGGUUAUGCCGGGGGCGCGGUGGGCUCGCCUCAGUACAUUCACCACUCAUAUGGACAAGAGCACCAGAGCCUGGCCCUGGCCGCGUAUAAUAACUCCUUAUCCCCUCUCCACGCCAGCCACCAAGAAGCCUGUCGCUCCCCUGUUUCAGAGACGUCUUCUCCAGCGCAGACCUUUGACUGGAUGAAAGUUAAAAGGAACCCCCCCAAAACAGGGAAAGUUGGAGAGUACGGCUAUGUGGGUCAGCCCAACGCGGUGCGCACCAACUUCACCACCAAGCAGCUCACGGAGCUGGAGAAGGAGUUCCACUUCAACAAGUACCUGACGCGAGCGCGCCGGGUGGAGAUCGCCGCGUCCCUGCAGCUCAACGAGACCCAGGUGAAGAUCUGGUUCCAGAACCGCCGCAUGAAGCAGAAGAAGCGGGAGAAGGAGGGGCUCCUGCCCGUCUCCCCUGCCACUCCUCCUGGGAGCGACGAGAAGGCGGAGGAAUCCUCUGAGAAAUCCAGCUCCUCGCCCUGCGCCCCUUCUCCCGGCUCGUCUACCUCGGACACUCUGACUACCUCCCACUGAGGCUGCCCCAGCCCAGCUCCUCAGCCCCGGGCUGCUCCCAGGGCUGCGAUUUCUUGCCCAAAGCACAUUCUUUGCUUAUCUUCCUUUCUUGAAAGUCUCUCUCUCUCUCUCUCUCUCUCUCUCUCUCUCUCUCUCUCUCUCUCUCUCUCUCUCUCUCUCUCUUCCUUUCUGGUCCUAUCUGGGGAGCUCCUGGCCAUAGAUAACGUGUUUCCAGAGAAUUCUGGAGACUUGGUUAAGGAAGUUAACUCCUUAACCCACACCGGGUGUCCACGUCGGAUUUCUGACGGUCCCCAACAUCCUUUCCUUCACUGUUGUGAGAUUGUCCACACAACCGAAGGUUCCUUCAGAUGUCUGUUGGGGAAUAGUUCCUUUUGCCAGCAGACUCUGGCAGGAGGGAGACACCUCACCUUUUAUCUAUGUAUUGUUCUUCUCUGCCUGGUCCUUAAGUAGGACAGAGAGGAAAGAGAGUGUCCAAAGGCUCAUGAAGAAAAGAUGCACUGAGUGUUUACACAGUUGACCCCUUAACUUGGUUGGUUUCAUGCGUGCGAGUUUGCUGGCUGUAAAUGCUUCCUCUUGAGAGAUUUAUCUUUAUACAAACUUUCUAGAAACGUGUAGGUAACAACCAAACAGGGUGCUGGAUUCUCAAAACUGGUAGCUUACAUGUGAUCAUGGGUGAAAGAGAAAAUAACCUCUCUCUUUCAAACAGAGUCAGGUGCCUCAGAAAGUAGCCUCAAUUUGUCCACUCAGAGCUGAGAAGGCCUGCAAAGCACUAGGUUCGGAUCCUUUCCUGUGCCAAAUCUUCCCCAACUCCAUUUCUUCUUGCUUCUCUGGUCACCCUCCCAUUUAAAAAUCAUGCUGGAUUAUUUGUAGCCUAAAGGCACCCUUUCUGUCACCCUUCCUUCCCACAGCUAUCUGGACGGGACACAGUGUAUCCCCAGCUAAUUGUUAAUGUGAUGGAUGGCACAAUGAAUGUAUAUUUUGUGUGAUUCGUGAAUAGUCUUCUGCAUGUCGCACAAUGUUUUGAUGUUCCCUGCAGCCUCACACUGAGUUCUAUCAGUUACCCUUUGUGAGCUUUUGAUAAGUCCCAUUUCCUGUACAAUCAUGAGCAGCUCUGAGGUCCCAGAGCAGAGUUUACGGGUCUUAAGAUGUCUGUAAUAAAAGCAUUCAAGUUUCA